AGACGCGGGAAAACUUGUCACACAGCAGAAUGGAUCCAGCGGAGGUCGAGUUUUUAGCAGAGAAAGAGAUGGUCAAAAUCAUCCCAAACUUCAGUCUCGAUAAAAUCUAUUUGAUUGGGGGAGAUUUAGGCCCGUUCAACCCAGGUCUGCCUGUUGAAGUUCCUGUCUGGUUGGCCCUCAAUCUUAAACAACGGCAGAAAUGCAGGAUAGUUCCUCCAGAAUGGAUGGACACAGACAAACUAGAAGACAUCCGUGAACAGGAGAGGAAAUUAGACACUUUUACUCCCAUCCCAAAUCCAUAUUACAUGGAGCUGACCAAAUUAUUACUCAACCAUGCUGCAGAUAACAUUCCCAAAGCCGAUGAGAUUCGAACGCUGGUGAAGGACAUCUGGGAUACACGUAUGGCUAAGCUGAGGCUUUCAGCUGACAGUUUCAUCAGCCAGCAGGAAGCUCACGCUCAGCUGGAUAAUCUCACACUAAUGGAGAUCAACACUACACGCUCGUUUCUGCUGGACUCUCUGAACUACAUGUAUAAACUGCGCUCAAACCUGCAGCCGGGCAGAAGUAAAGACUACUGAGACACGAUCAGGUACUUCAGCCAUUCCUCUCCUAUCAACAGACUGAAGUUUGCUUUUAUCUUCUGCAAAUGAUAUUUGAAAGAUUACUAAGAGCAGAAUCUUUUCUCAAAUAAUGGCCACUGCUGGCGCUCGGCGUGUAAAUAGUGACUGAUGUUCCCUUAGAAUCCUUUACUGUUUGUGUGUGUUGUAGUGUUUUAUUACUAAAAUGUUUAUAUUUGACUAAAUAAAUGUAUAAACCUAAA